GAUGAUUACUACCAUGAAGAUGAUGACUACCGCUACAGAAAUGAUUAUAUAAAUGAAUUCAAAAAGAGACUAUUUGAACUCCUUGUGUCCGAAGAAGAGGACGAUGAUGAUGAAUGGGAUUACAAUGACAAUAGUGAUAGUGGAUGUGAUGAUAGCGAUAUGUUUUGCUAUGACCCUCUCAAUGGAGAAGUCAAACCGAGUGGUUUUCUCCCAGCGAACAUGGAUUUGGGAUCUAUUUGUGCACUUCAUUUGUGUUGUGAUGGUAUUGGGGCAUGUGUUCUAAGCCCAUAAGUUUCACACAGAUUGUUCUUUUAAUUAAAAUGUUUAUAGCAAAUGAUCCAAUUUUCAUUGUAUUGUUUUGCAAGGCUGUUGUUGAUGACUUUAGAAUGAGACUUCAAAUGCCAACUUUAGACGUGAAAUACUUAAACCUCUCCGGUGACUAUUCUCCUGAUUCAGAUAGUAACUCCAAGUUUGUGAGUUUGCUGCGAUGUUGCCCAAAAUUAUGCAAACUUGAGAUAUGUUUUCGGCUUCGUGAGCCAGACUCCCCUGAUUGUAGUGAGAGUGUUUCCGAUCUUUUGGAAGGACAUCUCAAUCUACAUUACAGACACAAUGCCCUUCAAACUUUAAAGCUCAACUUAUUCUCAGGGUCCUAAUCUGAAGUGCAAUUUAUAAUGUGACUCAUAGCUUGCUUCCCAACAUGUAAGAAGGUGUUUAUUUUAUGUCGCAAAAGGUUCCAGUCCAGGGAGAAAGCAGACAUGAAGGAGGCUAUUUUGAGUUCUAGUCGUGCCUCAUCAACAGCAAACGUUUAUUUUAAGUGAUAAGCCUCUUGGUUUUAUCCAUCUCGUAAAACCGUUAUGACUCAUGAUAUGUAAUGGAAAGAAGCUGAUUUCUUCUGCUCUGAAGCAGCAAGGCACUUCAAUAUAUAUAUAUAGGUAAGAGAUCAAAUACAAACCAUGCUUAAAAUACUAACCUACAAACUCAAUAAUAUGCAACACUUUGAACUUCAAUAUGCAGUAAAAAUAAUGUAAAGAUGCAC